ACUAGCACUACCCCUGUCCUCUCUUCCUAGUUCCUUCCCGGCGGCGCGCCGUCGCUCGCUUCCACAUCGAAUCAACCGCGGCCGCGUCAGCGCCUUCUCUCUGCCCUAGACGCUCCUCCCUUCUCCGGCCGGCGCCGGUUUUGAAGAGGACGACGUCGGCUCGAUUCUCCACAACCAAUCUUCUACGAUCGCAGCUUGUUUUCUCCGAAAUUCCGGGGCCUCGUCGCGCCUCCAUCUAUUACCAAGAGAGGCGGCGUCGGGCUCCCCGGGAUGUCGUUCCGCGGCCGUGGAGGGAGAGGAGGAGGGAGGGGCGGCCGCGGAGGAAGAGGAGGCAGAGGCUUCGGGGGCGCCACCUUUGACCGCCCCGCCAAGCACGCUCCCCACGAGGACUUCCCGGAGAUCACCCUGCCGGAGAUGACCUGCGCCAAAGCGACCAACGAGGAGAAGGCUCUGAUACUGUCCACCUUGAAGCUCGACGAUUUCAUGAGGAAUUCUUGCUACUACCUGGAGCCGGAUGCCCCCAAGAAAAAGAAUGACGACAAAGAGAUCGAAAGAUAUUCUGAUAGGAAGCGUAAAACACAAAGCAAACGGGAAGCUCUUGCAUCAUACCUCAAACUGAUCCCUGCAAAUUUUCCUGCAGAACUGCUACAUGGUUCUAAACGAGCGCAGCCAGUUCAGAAAAAACUUCGGUGGGAUAAAGACGCAAAUAAUCAUGUAUUUGAUGUAUUCGAGAAACUUGAAGCGAAUGAGAAGGAUGGAAAGAAGACCGAAAAGGAGGGCGAUGAGGAGGAGGAGGAGGAGGAAGAGGAGGAGGAUGCAGAAGCGGCAGAAAGUUCAGAUGAUGAUUAUAAUCAGAAUAUUGAGUUUGAUGAUGAUGAUGAUGACUGGAACCAAGAGGAGGAAGCACAUGAAGACUGCUAUGAUUGAUGAUCGCUAGCCGCUGAAAAGGUUUAACCCAUUCAACAUUGGUUAGGUUUCUUGGUAUUCUUCUUCGUUUGUAACUCAUUGGGCAAUUUUGAUGGAAAGUAGUGCGUAAGUAGGUAACAAGAGAUGAUUACCCUUCCAGCGUUCAGGAGUUCAUUUUGGUCAUGGUAUUAAGAAAUGGAAUCUUACCAGAAACUCAGGACCAUCUGAAUUCUGCAGCAUCCUGCUCUGAUUGUUUCCAUUGUGGCUGUGCGAGAAAAUGCAAUUUUAUCUGCCCUUUAAUUUA